GGUCUUUCACUUCUUCGUUUCAAUAUACGAGUAUAUUUUGUACAUUUUAUGCACGUGUAGUUUGCUUAUUUCAUUAAACAUUUUAGUGUACCUACCUACCUACUUUGCAACAUACCCAGUGAGUAGUGAUUUCCCAAUUACUUUAAUUAUUGUAUUCGAUCAUUUCAAAGUCAUCAAGUUUUGAAGAAAAUGAUUAAGAUUGAUCCAAUUCUUUUUCCUUACUUCGCUUCAUGGAACGAUACCUUUGUCAAAGGAAUCGAAAGGGUAUGGGCAUCAGGUAAUCGAGUUUUACUCGUUACAAAAUCAGAUCAAGUUUAUGGAAUCAAUGCGACUUCAACCCCUGCGAUCAUGAGGACCUCUGAGGAUCCUCUCCAUAUGAUGUAUACAAGUGCAAGUUCAGUGCCACAUUCUGAACCGAAACAGCUCUUCCAGCUACAUGGAAAAAAUGUGAUAGAUUUCAUCUUUGGCGGAGAUUUCAUCAUUGCUCUGACUAAAAACGGAGAACUGUUCAGCUGGGGAGGAAACCAGUCAGGGCAGUUGGGUCUGGGGGACAGACCUUACGCACCUCAUCCCAUCCAGAUAUCCACUCUUUCAGAUAAAACAGUUACCAAAGUCGUUUGUGGAAAAAAUACUGCUAUGGCGUUAUGUGAUGAUGGACAGGUAUUCUGUUGGGGUGAAUCUUGGGGGUUCAUCCCUGUAAAAUGCACUGCAAUACAAAAUAAGGCAACAGACAUCGCUAUUUUAUCGAUGAGUGCUUCGUCGUCCCUUUCAUACUAUUAUUUUUGCGUAGAAGAUGGUAAAAUUAAAUCAACUACUAUGGAGGGGUCCUGCUGGCUUAAUGAUAUUAAAAGUAUUGUCUGCAGUGAGCAUCAAAUAUUGGCCCUCAAGAACGAUGGCAGCUUAUAUUCUACCACGUGGUAUGCUACACAAGGACCACUGAUGGAAGAUCAUUUUAUUGCAAUUCGAAAUAUCCCUAAAGUUACUGAAAUUUACGCCGCAUCAAAAAUGAUAGCUGAAAAUUACUACGACGAGUACACUGAUGAUAGUAGAUUCAAUAUGUGUGGCGCGAAAACAGAAAAUAAUGAAAUCUAUAUUUGGGGGACAUUCCGAGGACGGAUUAAUACACCACUUUAUUCCACAUCAUAUUCUUCUUUCAAUGAAGUAGUCUUAAUGUAUUCCAACUUCAGAUUGACACACAGAGCAUUUAUGUUGGGUUCAGUUAAUAAGAUGAAGAAUACACAUUGCGAUUGUUUGAAAUAUAUUUCAACUAUUUUCGAUGACGAAUCGAAAAACAGCGACUUCAUUAUUGUAGUAGAACAAAUAGAAAUUUUCGUUCAUAGAGCAAUUCUAAGGCAGCGUUCAAAAUAUUUUGAAGACAAGUUGGCAGAGCCUGGGAAUGAAAACGAUGAAAAUGUGCUGCAUGUCAAGGACUUCACUUACAAAGCAUUCAAAUUGUUUCUACAGUAUUUGUAUGGAAUUGACAUAAAUGUGACCCGUGAGAAUGUAAUGGAACUCAUUAUAAUAGCUCAUCAAUACUCAGAUGAAAAAUUUGAAAAUCUAAUCAUGGAGAAAAUAGCAGAUGAUGAAAAGGCGAAAAUGGCCAUUCCUGCGGUGAAAAAUAUUUUAGAAUUGCCCCCAGAGGUGAUGAGCAUUGCGAUGAGAGGAGUACAGUUCAAGUCCUUACAGCAGUGAUCCAUUUACAAAAUUUGUAUUCGUCGAUUGUGAAUCGUCGUAUCAUGUUUACCUAAUGAGAUUAUGUUAGUUCUGAUGUAAUGAUGAUUCUUUUAGUUUUUUAGUUCAUUUUGAAACCUUUUGUUUUGUUUUCGUAUUAUCUUCUCAUUUUCUACCUACUAUCUACCAGUACCUUACCUACAUAAUGUAAUUUUUUAGAAUAUUUUGCAUCAAAACAGUGAUGUUAUAGGUAAACUUGUAUGUUAAUUAGGAACUGAAAAAUUAUGGAAAUGAAAUAUUUACC